AUGAAGAGCUCUUUCAAUCUCGCCAUCCUUGUCUUGGUGGCAGCCAAUCUUUAUGGGCCUGUCUGUCACUGGCUCACCGUCGUGGGAGUCUUUCGGACCGCCACUGACAUCGUGACAAUUGAGGCCCAGGAAAUCCAUAAGAUCGAGGACACCAUGCAGUGCGAAGAUAUGCAUUACUAUCAACCUACUGGCCAGAUUUUUGUAGCCUGUGAAGACUCCCUCCUGCCCCGGUUUCAAUGGUUCCCACCACUGGGAAAUUUGCAGGGGCCGGCUCAGUCAACAGGUUCCUUUCAUGUCAUCGACCCCAAGACCCUCAAGUCCCGGCGACUUGCAUUCGAUAACUUCCACGGGCCCUUUGUGACGCAUGGGAUUGAUCUGGUCGACGAUCCGGAUCGCCAGGGUGCCAUUUACAUCUAUGCGAUUAACCAUUUAUCGAACCCGCACUACUUUGAGAAGCCCUCGACUGAAGGCAUUCCGAAGGCCCACUCCCAGAUCGAGCUCUUUCACCAUGUCUUGGGAUCCAGCACCGUUCGCCAUGUCCGCUCAAUAUCUCAUCCCCUGAUUGUCACCCCGAACGACAUUUACGCCGAGAGCCUGCACUCGAUUUAUGUCACGAACGACCACUUCUAUCGAGAAGGCAUCAUGCGCACGGUCGAAGAUAUACUCCCAUUGGCAAAAUGGACCAAUGUCAUCCAUGUGAAUGUCAAUCCUAUUCAGUCGAACAGCGCAGCUACGGGCGUCGAUGCCGUCGUAGCGUCUCAGGGAUACCUGAACAUCAACGGAUUGGGCCAUGGGCAGUCCAAGGAGGAGUUGUUGCUCUCCAGUGCCGCGGGAGGCAUCCUGUACCGUGCAAGGGCAGACCGCAGCAACCGCACCCUCUCGGUGCUGGAUGAGUUUGCGUUCGAGAGCACGAUCGAUAAUCCAACCUACUAUGACGAUCCUUAUGCAACCCCCGAGGAUGACGCUAGUGGAUACGUGGUCGGUGGUCUGCUGCGGGCAGUCGAUCUGCGCCGAACUCACAACGACCCGCAUGCUCAGGAAGGAGUCAUGGUGUGGCACCUGCGUCGUCAUUUCGGAGAUACAGCGAGCCCGGAAUGGGAGAAGCGGCUCAUUUUCGAGGAUGAUGGAAGCAACAUCCGAUCCGCCAGCACCGCGUUGUUGCUCCCUGUAGAUCCCAAGGAUCCUGCGGCGAAGACGGCGAUGCUGUUUGUGACAGGCUUUGUGUCGAAAAAUAUCAUUGCGGUGGAGGUGCCGUUGUAG